UGUCACUUCAGUUUUUAACUUUUAAGGUUAUAUUUUGAAUCACAGCAUAAAAUAUUGAAUUUUAUGUAUAAGAAUAACAGUGUUCAUGUAAAUAAUAGAUAUGUUUGCGUUAAGUGCCAAACGUAUGAUCUACGUUUGUGAUAAAAUUUUAUCAAGAAAUUUUAAAAGCGGUACUAUAUUAGAAAUUCGCCGGCGAAACCCUGGUAUCGAUAAAAGAUUAAAGGCAUUUCGCAAUGAAGGUAUCAACAUUCAAAAAGAUGAUGUAGAAGACUUUAUCGAACAGUCUGAAAGCAACUUCCAAAAUGUUGAUGAAGCUUAUGAUGAACAUUUAUAUGAGACAUUAAUUGGCAAACAUGAUUUACGCAAACAAAUAGUGAAAGGAAAGUAUUUUAAGGAUAAUUUGCCAAAUCUUCUAACAUGGAGUGAAAAGGAACAAAUCCGUCACUUGGCCACAACCCAGCCUCAAGAAUGGACACCUCAGAAAAUUGCAGAAAGCUUUCCAGUAACUGAGCAAGUAGUUAAGAAAUUAUUGAAAUAUCCUUGGAAACCAGCAACAGAACAACGUAUUGCCCGACAUGAUGCAUCAGCUAUGAGAAACUGGCGAGAACUAAAAGAGGGGUCUCUACCUAUUUCAGACAGUCUACGUGAACACUUUCUUAAAUUCUCAAAUAGAACAAUACCUCCCCUUAAUAGGAAAUCUCUUAAAAUUGAUAUUUCACAGGAAACAAUGGGAGAAUUUGAACAAAUAGUUAGAAAACAUGCUAAUAAUGAAAAAGAAGAGGAUAAUAUUCAUUGCAAAGAAAGUGAUCAAACAAAUAUAGCAGAUGAAACUAAAACUAAACUAAAAACAGAUUUUAAAAGAGUUACAUUAGAUGAAUUAGCUACUAAAAUUAAGACGCGUUUAGUUCAUGGGCAAAAUGUUAAUAUGCCCGAUAGAAUAAUCGUAGAUUCAAUCAUGACAAAAAAUCAUGAUGAAUCUGAAACUAAAUCAGAAAUAAAUAAAGAAAUUGGAUUAAUUCAAGCAACAAAUGAAGAAAAAAGUUUAACAGAAUUUAAAGAAAAUGAGAAUAAUGUUACUGUGGGAGUUAAUUAUCCAGAAAGAAUAAGAAUUCCCAAGAAGGCAUAUAAGAAAGGCGCCACUUAUAAAAUGAACGACUGUUUCUAUGACGAUGAUGGCAGAUUUUUGUACAGAGUUAUAGGCAUGGAAAAUAAUUAAAAAGUAUACACUGUUAUUAGUUUAUUAAUAAAAUAAAACAGCCAAAAUGAAAUGAAGCCUU